AUCAUUAACCAAUGGCAACAGGAAUCCAAGGAUAAAGUGAUUUCCCUCCUGUUAACUCACCUGCCUUUGCUGAAGCCAGGAAACCUCGACGCAAAAGUAGAGUAUAUGAAACUGCUGCCCAAGAUCCUGGCGCACUCUAUCGAACACAACCAGCACAUCGAGGAGAGUAGGCAGCUGCUGUCCUAUGCGUUGAUACAUCCGGCCACCUCGUUGGAAGACCGCAGUGCUUUAGCCAUGUGGCUGAAUCAUUUGGAGGACCGCACGUCAACCAGCUUCGGUGGCCAGAACCGAGGCCGCUCGGACUCUGUGGAUUAUGGGCAGACACACUACUAUCACCAAAGACAGAACUCCGACGACAAGCUCAACGGGUGGCAGAACUCUCGGGAUUCUGGGAUUUGCAUCAACGCCCCCAACUGGCAGGACAAAAGUCUGGGGUGCGAGAACGGCCAUGUGCCCCUCUACUCCUCCUCAUCCGUCCCCACUACAAUCAAUACGAUCGGAACCAGCACAAGUACAAUUCUCUCAGGCCAGGCACACCACAGCCCUUUGAAACGAUCUGUGUCCCUUACCCCACCCAUGAAUGUGCCAAACCAGCCUCUAGGACAUGGAUGGAUGUCUCAUGAGGACUUGCGAGCUAGAGGACCCCAGUGCCUCCCAUCCGAUCAUGCCCCCCUGUCUCCACAAAGCAGUGUAGCCUCUUCAGGAAGUGGUGGGAGUGAACACUUAGAAGAUCAGACCACUGCUCGUAACACAUUCCAAGAAGAAGGUAGUGGUAUGAAAGAUGUUCCAGCCUGGUUAAAAAGCCUCCGCCUUCACAAGUACGCUGCGCUGUUCUCCCAGAUGACCUACGAGGAGAUGAUGGCCCUCACCGAGUGCCAACUGGAGGCUCAGAAUGUUACCAAAGGUGCAAGGCACAAAAUUGUCAUCAGUAUUCAGAAGCUCAAAGAAAGACAAAACCUCCUGAAGUCUUUGGAAAGGGACAUCAUCGAGGGGGGCAGCCUUCGCAUCCCACUCCAGGAGCUGCACCAGAUGAUCCUGACUCCUAUCAAGGCCUACAGCUCCCCGAGCGCCACCCCCGAGGCCCGCCGCCGGGAGCCCCAAGCCCCACACCCGGCUUCGCUCAUGGGCCCCGAGAGCCCCAGCCCCGACUGCAAAGACAGUGCCUCGGCCCCGGGUGCCACAGCCACCACCUCAGCCGGCCCCAGCGGCGGGCUCCAGCCACACCAUCUGAGCAGCUGCGACGGGGAGCUGGCUGUCGCCCCCCUGCCGGAGGGGGAUCUCCCCGGGCAGUUCACGCGUGUCAUGGGGAAAGUGUGCACACAGCUCUUGGUCUCCAGACCCGAUGAGGAGAAUAUAAGUUCCUAUUUACAGCUCAUAGACAAGUGUCUAAUUCAUGAGGCAUUUACAGAGACGCAGAAAAAAAGAUUGUUGUCAUGGAAACAGCAGGUGCAGAAGCUCUUUCGGUCUUUCCCUCGGAAAACCCUUCUAGACAUAUCAGGAUAUCGACAGCAAAGAAAUCGCGGCUUUGGGCAGUCCAACUCCCUCCCGACGGCCGGCUCUGUGGGCGGCGGCAUGGGCAGACGGAACCCACGCCAGUACCAGAUCCCUUCUCGGAACGUCCCUUCUGCCCGCCUGGGCCUCUUGGGCACCAGCGGGUUCGUCAGCUCCACCCAGCGCAACACCACAGCCAACCCCACCAUCAUGAAACAAGGAAGACAGAACCUCUGGUUUGCCAACCCCGGGGGCAGCAACAGCAUGCCAAGCCGCACCCACAGCUCCGUGCAGAGGACCCGCUCGCUGCCCGUGCACACUUCUCCCCAGAACAUGCUGAUGUUCCAGCAGCCAGAAUUCCAGCUUCCCGUGACUGAACCUGACAUCAACAACAGGCUGGAGUCGUUGUGCCUCAGUAUGACCGAGCACGCCCUGGGAGACGGGGUGGACCGGACCUCCACAAUCUAAAGCUGAAGAUGGGGGAGACCGCGCUGGCCGUGAAAUCGACUGCUGCGGGUCCAGUGUCAGCCAUCGUUGGGCUGCGCGGAAUCCUCUGGGAUCCUUCGCAGCCCUCCCCUGGUCCCUCUCCCACUUUGAUUUUGCGAGAGCGUAGGUCAUCCUUGUAAACAUAUCAGUAGACCUG